AUGGCUUCCGCAUUUACCUUGUCGCAAAGCGAUCUACCCGACUCCAUCCAAGACACUGACCGCGAACCCCGCAACUCGUCGUACCAAACCCAAUCUCUCAACCACCAAUUCUCUACCGCCGACGUCUCGCCUCUGCUGUCGCGCAUCGACAGUGAAUCACUCUCUCCCUCCAUCAUCCACCUCGAUACCCCCGACGCCUCUCACUCCACACCAGGCCACUAUCAGCCCAGCGACUACACUGACCUCGACGCCGACGAGGAUCCCUUCUUUGGUGUCGACUUUACAAACCCCCACGCCGGCGGCCCCAGCUUCCUGACCGAGGCUGGCAUAUGGGAGCAGUCCAUUCUGCCGACUGAGCCUACUACCGAACAAAUACAAUCGGACGACAGCUAUACCCCGUCAUGUCCAUUGACUCCUGACCGAUCCUCCUCGCUGCAUAUAGCCUCGCCCACAGCCAACCGCCCCGCCAACCUACCCGCCUCUGUUUCUCCACGGGACCUUCAACGGAAUUUCAAGGGCGCCACGCUUUCUGGUGAAUCCUCACAGCUGACUCCAGCGCCUACCGGCAGCGGCCGUUCCAGCGAGGACGGUCUAGUCCCCGCACCUGUGCCCAUGCCUGUCCAGAGCCCCAGGGUUACCGUCUCUAACUGGGACAAUGAUAAUGGCCUGACCCCGCCACUCGCUGUCGAACGUACAUUUGACGACAAUAGUACCGUUCGAGGGGUUCAUUCUGUCGGCGAGUUGAUCGCCAACAGUCGGUCCGGCACACCCAACACUACUAGGCGAGAUUCUCUUGGGCGAUGGGAACCAAAUACGACAACUGGCCAUUGCGGCGUUGAACCACGAAACCGUUCCUCCGAACAAGUUCCCUCGAUCAAUGACUUGGCUGCGCAAAACACUCGCCAAGAGCGAAACCAAGAAGUUGGCCGCUGGCUGCAAGAGGGCCUUUAUGACAUGACGGCACCAACAGAAAAGACCACUGAAGAGUUACAGGCGCUCGACCAACCGCGCGAUGACGAUGACGGUAUCCCACUAGGCAGCAAUACCGAAAAUAGACACGUCGAGGGACAAAUUUACAUUGACCCCAACGGCGGUCCCCUCAAUGACGUCGACUACAACAUCAUCCAUGCCGCCCAUCAUUGGGAGCCUGCGCCAGUAUCGCACCCAAUCAUAUCUGAAGAUCAGGGUCGAUUUCAACCGGAAACGUCACAAGCUGCCAUUGAAAGAUUUGAACGUCUGCUCCGCGACAACGACUCUAUCCUCUCCCGUUCUGCCACCUGGGGAACCCGUCGGCGCAGUCUUCCCAGUGUGGUUGAUGCCGAGGGUGUUAUCAGCGGCAACUUUCUCAAGAAGCUAUCUAUCAGCAAGGCAGAGCCCAAGAAGAAUAUCAGAUCCACUGGCCUAUUCGCCGAGCUUCGCGGGCUGGUCCGUCGAACGAGCAGCUCAUCUAUGCGCAAGAGAUCAAGAAGUCGCUCCAAGAGUGCCCAAGAUGACGAUUUACAUCGAAAAAACAGCCAGCAAUCGGACGAACGAAGAGAUAGCUCCCCGCAUCUGUCUCCCACCUCCCGGACCUCUAGCUGGGGGAAGCAGCCGACGCCCAGCAUCAACUCAGUAUUUGCUACCAUGGCAACACCAUUAGCCUCGAUUGGAUCAACGCACGCUCGAAGCGGAUCAAUCAGCGGCGUUACCCCCAUCGUUUCUCCCAAGAGCGGCUUCUCCUUGGCUGUCGACAAAGUGCUGCGACGGCCUCGCAGCAAAUCUGAACUUCCGAGAACAACGCAGCUCACCGUGGCUACCGAGGGCCCGCACGCAUCUCUGGCUGACCUGUGGAAAAGGUCUGGAGGCCCCCCCGUUGUUGUAGCAAGCAGCAAACCAGUAUCCACCACAGGUGCGCCCGAGGCGGAGGAUGAGGAUGAUGAAGAUGACGACGACCUGCUCGAAGACUCCGUCAUGAAAAAGAACCCAAACGAAAUUGAUAAUAUCCCACACACAUUUGCAGGAUUCCAAGAGCAUACCCUGAAGAUAAAUCCUGGGCUCGGGAAUGGUGGCCUUUAUCUCGUCGAUCGUAUUGCACAUCAGCAAGUCGUUCGAUACAAGCACCUUCUGAACCUCAAAGUUGCUCACAUGCAGCAAGGCGCCAAUUGCUCCUGUGGGUCAUUGUGCAUGGCGCUCGGCGGCUCAGCCAAGGUUUUGGGCGAUCAAAAAGGCGACAAGGAUCGCAUCGGCCCUUUAGCAGCUCGCUUUGAUGACGACGAUAGCCCCGCAGAAGGCAUUAUAAGCAGCGAGAGCUUCCCGCCCGAUAUACCCAUGCCACCUACGCAGUAUCUCCCAGCCGAAUUCGAAUGCCAGCUGUGCUACCAGAAGAAGAAGUUCCAGAAGCCCUCGGACUGGACCAAGCACGUCCACGAGGAUGUUGGCCCCUUUACCUGCACAUGGGACAAGUGCAAAGACCCGAAGACGUUUAAACGCAAGGCUGAUUGGGUACGGCAUGAAAAUGAAGGCCACCGGCAUCUAGAGUGGUGGACAUGCGAUGUGGAAGACUGUCGCCACACAUGCUAUCGCAAAGACAAUUUUUUGCAGCACCUGGUGCGCGAGCACAAGUUUGUGGAACCAAAGGUCAAGACCAAGGCAGCUAUGAAGCGGGCAGGGGGAGUCGAGCCGACAUGGCAAAAGGUGGAAGAGUGCCACAUGGAGACGCCAAAGAGAGCGCAGGACGAGCCUUGCAAGUUUUGUGGACGCACCUUUCCGACCUGGAAGAAGCUCACGGUGCAUUUAGCUAAACACAUGGAGCAAAUCUCGCUGCCGGUGCUGCGACUGGUGGAUAUGAAGGCCAAGGAGCUGGGAGCUGACUCCAUCAUCAGUCCUGUGCAGGAUCCUCCAGUGCGGCAGAUGCUACCGGUGCCCAGCGACCAGUCGGGAACCAGAGGCAUGGCCUUUGUCAGCCACGCGCUACAUCCAAACCAUGCACAAAUGGGAUACGGGCAGGGCAUGGGUGGUGGAUUUGGGUAUGCACUGGGACAAGACAACUCGCAGUUUUACCAGACGCCGUAUGGAAGCAUGGGUCAGACGAUGCAGACAUCGACGGCGGACAUGAGCCCCGGUUUGAACGGCAUGACGAACACUAUGGAGAUGAAUGGCGUCAAUGGUUUCAACACGAUGAAUGGCAUGGCAGAAAUCAAUGGCUACCACGCAGAUGGCGGUAUGAAUACUAUGACGGCUGCCGCUGGGCAGUUUGGGCAAGCACAUCAAUCCUACAUGGGCCUGAACAGCAACCUGGAUGGCAAUCUCAACAGCCAUCUCAACAGCGGCGGGCUGGAGCCGUUCCCAACUUUGGAAGGCCUCGGUGUGCAGGGGAUACAAGGAGACGGCAUGGUAAGACAGAUGAUGUACGAGAAUGGAAUGACGACGCAGUCAAGGACGAGCCUCAAUGGAAGUCCAUUUAGCGGGCACGAGACGUUGUCGACAUAUUCUCAUUCGCCACACAUGAGAGCGACUAACCAGGAGCAUACGGCGUGGGACAACCAGGGCAUGUUUCCCGGAUGA